GGCAAAAUAUCUGGUAAAUUUGAUCGUCUAACUUCAUGUUUAACUUCGAAUCAUUUAAGCCUUUGAACUGAAAUAGAAUGGCUCGUAUUGAACUCAUACGUAGAUUGCGACUAUUCACAGUUUUACGUCGAAUGUCAGAUUAUGAUAAUCGAUUUGGUACAACCAAACUAGUGAUGCCAGUUGUUUCACGUCCUGCUUCGUUUUUUUCUUUCAUCAAGUCGAAGCUUAGUGAAGCUGCCUCUAGUCAGUCUAAAGACUCUCAGAGUGUACCAAAUGACAGUGAGUGGUUGGAUGCAGUCCAAGAAGUUGAAAAAUCGGAAUUGUUACAUUGGAAAGGAUCUGAUACUAGUAUGACUAGGACAGAGCUUCGAAAAUGGAAGAAACGUACAUUCCUUCAUAUUUUAGAAAUGUUUAUUCAACGAUCAGGACCAAGUCGUAAAGGUUUCACUUCGUUUAUUGAAAAUGCACUAAAUAAAAUGCCUGAAUAUGAAGUGGUUGAUGAUUUAGAUUGUUAUAAAGCAGUAAUUCGUUUAUUUCCUACUGGACGAAUGGUUGUGAAACGUUUCUUACAAGCUGAUUUUGGUCAUUUUCCAAAACAACAACAAGUUAUGAUUGACAUAUUAAGUCAAAUGUCAAGAUAUCACGUCCUGCCAGAUGAUGAAGUUGGCCAAAUGAUUAUCGACAUUUUCGGUUGGCGUAAUCAUGCUAUGAAUGCUUAUCGUCGUCUAAUGUAUUGGAUGCCUAAAUUGUAUUAUAGUAAUCCAUGGACAUUACCACUUCGUAUCGUUGAUGAUCUUGAUUUAGAUCCCAUUAAAUUGGGCUGUUUAAUUGCUGAAAGAAUAUGCCCCGAUCGGAUGACAGAAUUCACUGUUGUACAGAUGUCUUCAUCUAAUCCUGAUAGACCAGAUUCACUUAUCAGUGCUCAAAGUCCUGAACAGCGUGCAUUACUAGCAUAUUGUACUAAUAAACAAAUUCACAAUGAUCAAAUUAAUAAUACUCAAUGUACAAAACCAACGAUUUAUUUAGAUGGACCACAUUAUGUAUGGUUUAGAAAUUUACAAGCUGCUUAUUACACCUUAUGGACAGAGAUCGAUGCUGAUCGAUUAAAAAAAGAAAUUAAUUCAGUAAAAGCUAACCAAGUGCCAAAGCAUAGUGCAGACGAACCGUAUAAUCUUUCGUUCUUCAACUAUUCUAAUGAUAGUUCAAAUAUAGUACUGAAUAGUUCCAAUUCUCAAAAUGCGAAUCGCUCACUUUUUCCACAUAUGAGUCUUCUUCCUACAGUGAGUUCAGUUGGUACUGAAUUGCACCAUUGUAAUGAAGAUAAUGUCUUUACAAGAUUUAUAAGUAAAUGUGAACCAGAAUUCGAUAAACGUUGGCUUUCAAUUCGUCAAAGUCAUGUCUAUAAAUACUUACCAUCCAAUCUAUGUCAACAUGAACAAGGUGAGGGUACAAUACUUGCUGUUGGAGUUGUUGUACCUAAACCAGAUGCUUUGGAUAAUCAGAAAAAGUUAUAUGAUUGGGAAGUUUCUAACAGAAUUCAUCAUACAGAUUCAAAAGAUUGUAAACAACGAAACCAAAAAGAAAGAUACAAUUUACCACAAAUCCCAUCACCUGCAUCUUCCGCACUUAUUCGACUUUGGUUAAGUGAGCUGCACGCUAAAAAUCCUUUCUUUGAUGAUGCUGCAUUAGUUAUUCGAGUUCCAAUUAAUAUUGAUCAGGGCCAAAAAUCUGGAAAUAAUAGUCGUACUGAUGAUGAUUUACAUUUAGAGAAUCAAGAUAAGGAUAUUAAGUAUGAAUCGUGUAAUUAAAGGACACAUUACAUUGUGUAAAUAUAUUGUUUGCGUUUUGAGUAAACAAUAGUAAUAAUGUUAAUUAAAAUGUACAUAUAAACCUCAAUGUUGAUUAUCAGUCUUAUCAACUUAAGUAUGGACUAUUUUCUAUGUAUUAGUGAAAUCAUUGUUAAAGCAUAUUCUUUUUCCUCAUGUAUUUUACACAUAAUACGUAUCCCUACCUGUUAGAUCAACAAUUAUUAAUCACAAGUGGGGACUGUGAUUUUGUGAUUAUUCGAUAUCUUAAUGAAUGUAUCUUAGUUUAAUUUAUCCAUAGUUUUGCAUUAAUAAACCAAUUGAUACUUUUUAAUUUGUC